AUGCUAAGUUCGCGGCCUUGGCAAAUAUUCUAUAAGGAACCAUAUCAAGGCGGACCAAAACCUGGCUUAUUUUGUCAUAUCCUUCAGGUAUUUCACAUUAAUCCAGCAAUCAAAAAGAACUACUCGGUGGAAACCAGCAGAAAACGUAUCGUCGACAGCAGGCCGAAGAUCCAUUAUGAGAACUAUGAUAGCCAAGAUUUUUCGAAGCCUCAUCCACUCGUCGACGACUCCUUAGUAGAAAUCGUGAGCGGAAAUCGUGAUCCAGGCGUUUCGAUCAACUCAUACGGAAAACUUCGUAUAACAUCCGACGAGAAGAGUCACCGAAAUAACAAAACAGCCUUGAUUCUUUCCAGGGCAAGCUCUUCGUUGACUAUAUAUGAUUUUCGGAGAUUACUAGGCUCUGGGAUGGAUGAAAGUGCAGGCGAGGGCUUUGAGGAAGUCUUUCCUCUUCGUCAUCCCCACUCUUUGGAGCGGAAAAAUUCGUGGAUUCUCUUUUUCGAGUCACCGGCACAAGCUAAAAAAUACCAGGACAGAGCAUCUAUACUGAAGGCUUUCGCUGCACAAUACGCUCCGAGACCCUGUUCCAGCAACAUCUUCCCAUCACCUGGUCUCACCGUUGAGGGACAGUCGAUAGCAUUUAAACCACAAGAGUAUACUAUUACUUCGCCCUUUCAAGACCUGUCUCUCGUCGCUCAGUUGUCGCCGUUCGACCAUAAACUGAGGCGCGCGAUUAGCAGCCAUAUCAAUGUACUCGGCCCAGAUCUGAUUGACAAGCAGUCAUUUCCAGUCAGGCUCUGGGUUGACUUUCCCGGUAGACCGAUCUUGAGUGUGAACGCGAUCCAGGAGCUCCUCGAGUUGGACAGCCUGGAGCGGGGCCACCCCUGGCGAUUAUCUUCAAACCAAGGCGCCAUCGUACGCAUAGAGAAAAACCCAGUUUCUCAGUCUUCUUCCGGGACCUCUGAUGAACCAUUGGAUUACUCGACAAAUACAGUUGCGGACAAUUGGCGAAUUAACUUUAAAUCCGCAUCUGAUGCGAAACGCUUCGCUCGCUUGUGGCACAGAAGGCGUCUUCCAAAAGUUGAUAGUCUCCUGUACUAUAAUCCGCACAUAAUUGUAAAGGCCGAAUGCCUUAUCUAA